GUGCGCAACAAUCAUUUUCUCUGGUUGCUUUUUUUUUUGCCUUCGUCAAUCUUCGCAAGCCAUCCAAAGCCAGCCAUCAUCAUGUGGUAUCUAGGAGCAUCUUCGACCCGAACGCCGCUCUCAUCUCUGCUUCGUGAAGUCUUUCAGUCAGACCUUGCUACCUCUGCCCAUCGUCUUUCCGAGCCUCGGAGAUCAGUCUUGAUAAGGCCUUUGGCCUAUCGCAGACCCGGCGCUCAACGCGAUUUCAGCACCACCCACCAAGUCCAAAUACAUCAGUCUUCAAUUCUGCUUUCGUCUAGCGAUAUACCCGAUAACAUUCCGAAUGAAAAUGACAAAACUUCUGCGAUUCCGUCGGCAAAGAAUGAAAGUGGCGACCGAACCACAGAUCAUUCCGCGUCCGACGUAAACGCAUCAGAGUCUUCCUUCAAGAACAAGCGACCCUAUUCCAAACGACGGGUGCACACCGGCAAGACCGGUCGAGAGACAACGAAGGGUACCCGCAACAAAAGCGAUGCACGCGGCGACCAACCAGAAUCAAACGGCACGGAAGAGAAACCAAAGUCCUCGGAAGCGAAACCAAAGACGUGGAGGGAUGCUAUCAAAAGCACGGGUCCACCCAAGAAGAAGGAACAUUGGCAAAUACAGAAAGCCGCUCUGAAAGAAAAAUUCAAAGAAGGAUGGAAUCCACCUAAGAAGCUUUCUCCCGACGCGAUGGAAGGAAUUCGACACUUGCACCAAAUGGCACCAGACCAGUUCACAACUCCUGUCCUCGCGGAGCAGUUCAAGGUCUCGCCAGAGGCCAUCAGACGGAUCUUGAAGAGCAAAUGGCGGGCAUCAGAGACGGAAAUGGAAGAUCGGCGUAAACGAUGGGAGAGACGACACGAUCGUAUCUGGGCUCACAUGGCCGAGCUUGGCCUACGACCGAGAACGAAGGCCACAGAGAAAUACCAAGACUCACAAAAUCUCCUCUACGAACCCAAGGCCGAGGAUGACAAGCCAUAGGGAAACUUGCUGUGAAUUGUUGAGGUCCAAUACUGUAUCAUAGCAUUGCAUCAUGUAUAAUCAGGGUUGAGACAAAGGCGGCGCAUGAAUGAGCG